UGUGUGUAUUUACAAGACAAUAAUCUUACAUUCACAUGUUAUAACUAUAAGGCACAUAAAAUCCGAUUCUAUAACAACACGCACAUAUAACUUAUGUGUUCGCAUACAUAGUGUAUACAGUUAACACAUAGAAGUGUAGGAGCAGUGUUGCAUCGGUUGCAUUAAGCAAAAACAUUAAAUUAUUUCCUCUCAAGUUUGUUUAUAUUUUUUAAUAUUUUGUCAGAACAUAACUGCAAGUCCCAAUUUUACCAAUGUAUGCAAUGGAUGAUCGUAAAAAGACGCUGGAUAAUUUUGAAACUUUCAUUAACGAAACUGAUAAAUUCGUGAACAACAUAUUGGCAGAUUUUGGAUGGGAAAGGAACGGAUUAAUGAAACCUCCUAAUAAAAGUGUGCGCAAGCAAAUUUUCCAAAAGGACAAUGAAUCAUUUCCUCCAACAUUCCAGUCGGAUAAACAUAAAUUUUCCACCAAAUACAAUGGACAAUUUCUACCAAGAACUCCGCAAAACACUAGCAGUAUAUUACCAGAAACACGCCCGGUACCAUCAAGUCAUAGAGAUCUGCUGCUAAACUUUACUCGAGAUGAAAGACUUGCCAUGUAUCAGGACGCCAUUGCUAGCACACCAAAGCUAGAGCCUCUUCCAGAGAUCCAAAUAGUUUUCAAGAAGAAAGAUAAGGAUGCAAAAAUGACAUCACUCGCUGAUAUUGCUGUAUAUCGACGGGAUAUUCGUCGUCGAAAUCAAAAAUAUAGAGUGGCGAAGAAUCCCCUAACAUAUCAAGAGGAGAUUAGAAACCUCAUUCAAUUACAGACGGAAGCACUGACAGAGUAUCUUGGGCAACCGGCAGCUGACAUUGUGUGUAAAGAUAGUAGCAGUAAUAUUACAGUAGAGCACAAACAACAAAGAAAGCGGGCUGAGACCAAAUCACCAAGUAACAACCACAGUUCGAAACCGAAAACUGCACGGGAUAGAUAGCGGUGUUCUCAGUUUGAACAUUGAAUGGAAGUUUUAAAAUAGGUUACAGGAAAAAAAUAUAUUAGUAUCACUUACCUGUUGGAACUAUUUGUAUUUGUUUAUUUGGGUUUCAACCAUUAGAUCAUUCGCCCACUUCGAAGCCACACAUUAAAAUCCCAAAUACUAUCUUGUACAGUGAUCAAGGCUAGUGAUAUACACUACUUACUCAAAACAAUGCCGCAGAAUACAUAGUGAAAAAUAUUGCUAGUAAU